ACAAUUAUCGCAUCUCUUUCACUCUCUGUUUUUUUUUUUUUUUUGAAUGCUGACGUCUCUUCUCAAGUUGCACACCAGCCUCCAAUCAGGACCCCCACCUAAUAUUCUCUCUCUCUAUCUUGCUAUGCUUACUUUUGAUUUAAAUCUCUUCAGAAUUUUGGGAGACUUGGCUUCUUUUAAUUUUUGCUGUGAUGGGUUGUCAUGUGGAGGAGAAGCUGCUUGAUGCAUCUCUGCUUGAAGAUGGAGCUUUAAAUGAUGAAAGACUAGAACCAUACACAGGGGAUGGAUCGGUUGACCUUCAUGGAUACCCUGUCUUGAGGCAUAAUACAGGAAAGUGGAGAGCUUGCUCCUUUAUUUUAGUUUGUACAGGGACAGAGUGCUGUGAGCGCCUGGCCUAUUAUGGAAUCGCUACAAAUUUGGUUACUUAUCUCACUAAAUUCCUUCAUGAAAGCAAUGCAUCUGCUGCCCGAAAUAUUAGCACUUGGCAAGGCACAUGUUACCUCACUCCCCUUCUUGGAGGUGUAUUAGCUGAUGCAUAUUGGGGAAGAUAUUGGACAAUUGCGCUGUUCUCUACAAUUUACUUCAUUGGAAUGGCUGCACUGACCCUUUCUGCCUCUGUUGCUGCUUUCAAGCCUCCCUCUUGUAUUGGAAGCGUUUGCCCCUCUCCAAGUCCUUUUCAGUAUGCUUUCUUCCACUGUGGCCUCUAUCUAAUUGCACUAGGGGCCGGAGGCAUUAAGCCAUGUGUGUCUUCUUUUGGAGCUGAUCAAUUUGAUGAUACCAACCCAAUGGAGAGGGUGAAAAAGUGUUCAUUCUUUAAUUGGUUUUAUUUCUCAAUCAGUGUCGGCUCUCUUGUUUCAAGUAGCCUUAUUGUUUGGAUUCAAGACAAUGCUGGUUGGGGUUUAGGGUUUGGAAUUCCUACUGUUUUCAUGGUUCUUGCUAUUGGAAGCUUCCUUGCAGGCACAGUGAUAUAUAGGUUUCAGAAGCCAGGAAGAAACCCACUGACUAGAACAUGUCAAGUUGUAGUUGCAUCGGUUCGUAAGUUGAAUAUCAAAGUCCCUGAUGAUAGUUCUCUCCUAUUUGAGGUACCAGACAAUAACUCGGCUAUCCAAGGGAGUCGGAAAUUGGAGCAUACUGAUGAAUUCAAGUUCUUUGAUAAAGCUGCCACAAUAUCUGAUUUCGAUGCUAAAACUGGUAACUUAUCUGAUCCAUGGAAGCUCUGCAGUGUAACUCAAGUUGAGGAAUUGAAGAUACUGUUCCGAGUGUUUCCAAUUUGGGCAACACUUAAUGCCCUCCCUGUUGUUUAUUGCCAGAUUUUUACCACGUUUGUUGAACAGGGAAUGACUUUGGAUACAAGUCUUGGGUCCUUGUCUAUUCCUCCUGCUUCUCUCUCUGUCUUUGUUAUGAUCAGUGUCAUUUUUUUGGUCCCAAUCUAUGAUCGAGUAUUCGUCCCAAUUGCUCGGAAAUUUACAGGCAAUGAGAGGGGUCUUUCUGAGUUCCAAAGAAUGGGUAUUGGCCUAUUCAUAUCACUAUUUGCCCUGGCAGCAGCCGCAUUGGUGGAAAUCAGAAGGUUAGAGAUCGCUAGAGACAACGAUCUAGUGUACAACACGUCGACUCCUAUACCCAUGAGCAUUUUGUGGCAAAUUCCUCAGUACUUUUUUGUUGGGGCAGCUGAGAUGUUCACCUUUAUUGGGCAAACAGAGUUCUUCUAUGACCAGUCACCUGAUGCUUUGCGAAGCUUGUACAGUGCAUUUUCUCUCCUCACCUCUACUGUGGGUUCUUAUUUGAAUUCUUUCAUUUUAAGCAUUGUUAUAGCCGUUACAACGAAGGGGGGAAGUCCUGGAUGGAUACCCAAUAAUUUGAAUGAGGGUCACCUCGAUUAUUUCUUCUGGUUGUUGGCUGGACUUAGCCUCCUGAACCUGGUGGUCUAUGUUGCUUGUGCUGGGCGAUACAAGAGCAAGAAGGCUGCAUAAUGUUCUGGUCCAUUUUCAUCUGUGAAGGCAUUUGGCUUCUCAUGGUUCUUUGAGAGAGAGAGAGAGCUACUUCUUGUAAGUGUUCUGUCAAAAUGCUUUUGAUUUAUCUAGUGAGUUCUAAAGAACUCACUAUGGUGUAUCUUGGCUGAUUUUAUGGAUCAAGACUGUUUUGUUUAUAAAAAUGAAGCUAGAUUGGUUUAACGUGCU